CGCUGCCGGACCGGCUGGGCUGCCCCGCACUAAGAUGGCGGCGGCCGGGGCUCGGCGGCGGCGGUUGCUGCGGCUGCUGAUGCAGCUCGGCUCGGUGCUGCUCACGCGCUUCCCCUUCUGGAACUGCCUCAGCGCCCUCAUGCUCUUCGCGGAGCGGGCUGACGCCCGCAGGAAACCUGACAUCCCCGUCCCAUAUCUGUACUUGGACAUGGGGGCAGCGGUGUUGUGUGCCAGCUUCAUGUCCUUUGGGGUGAAGCGCAGGUGGUUUGCACUGGGAGCUGCUCUUCAGCUGGCAGUCAGCACGUACGCGGCGUAUAUCGGGGGCUACGUGCACUACGGUGACUGGCUGAAGGUGAGGAUGUACUCACGAACCAUAGCUAUCAUUGGUGGGUUCCUGAUCUUGGCGAGUGGGGCUGGUGAGAUCUAUCGUCAGAAGCCACGGAGCAGGUCCCUGCAGUCCACCGGGCAGGUCUUCCUCGGCAUCUACCUCAUCUGCGUGGCCUAUUCCCUCCAGCACAGCAAAGAGGAUCGUCUGGCUUACCUCAACCACAUCCUGGGUGGCGAGAUCACCCUGCAGCUACUCUUCAUCCUCUAUGGGGUGCUGGCCCUGUCGUUCCUGUCCGGUUAUUACGUCAGCACGGCCGCCCAGAUCCUCUCGGUGAUCCUGCCCCUGGUCAUCCUGUUCAUUGAUGGGAACCUCGGCUACUGGCAUGACUCCCGGCGCGUCGAGUUCUGGAACCAGAUGAAACUCAUCGGGCAGAACGUUGGUAUCUUCGGGGCUGUCAUCAUCUUGGCCACGGAUGGUUGAGAUGGGAUAAGUGGGGGCGGAUAGGACAGGCCUCGGGGAGGCUCUGCAGUUUGGGGGAGGGGAUGGGAUGGGAUUCGGUUUUUUUAAAAUCACCAUUAUUUAUUCUUUUUUUUACUAUUUUUAAAAAAUUCCUAGUUGAUUUUUCCCAUUGACAGGCUAGGGGGCUCAGCAGCUGCCUCCUUUUCGAGCAUGCUAGUCCUUCAUCGCACUUUCAGAUGUUUUAAGCACAGCCCUAUAGAACCUCACUCUUCUGGCUCUGUGUAGCAGCAGAGGGGAGGGGUCUUCCUGGACAUUGUAGAACAGGGUCAGACUAGCUCAGUGGGUGUGUGAGCAGCGUAAUUCCUCCGCUGAAAGGAGGAGUGGAUCCUGGAAGCUUGGGAGUCCCCCUGGGGAGCCAGAUGAUUGGUUACUGGAAAGAUGCCGACAAUGAACUGAAUGGGGGACUUCAAAGCUGCCCCUUCAUCAUCUGUGGUGAACUCUGCACAUUGGUUGCAAUGUGUGUGGGGGGUGUGUGUGUGUGUGUGUGUGGUGGGUGGGGACGGACAACGGUAAUAAUAAGCUAGCUCUUAUUUAGUGCUUUGCAUCAGUAGAUCUCAAAGCUCUUUACAAAGGAGGUCAGGGUCAUCAUCCCCAUUGUACAGAUGGGGAAACCGAGGCACGGAGCGGGGACGUGACUUGCCCAAGAUCACCCAGCAGGCCAAUGUCCAAGCCAGAGUAACCGUCCUCCAUUCGUUACUUAAGCUGGUUCUCACUGUGCUUCUAACUACUGCCUGUGGAAUUUCAUGGGGUUACAAAGAAACCCCGCUCCCCGAAAGGAUGCAGUGCUGCGGAGAGGAGCGAUUUCAAAGGGGAACAGCCCUCAGUGCUCUUGAGAGGGAGAAGGAAGCUGCUCCGGAGAUGAGAAGGGAAUAAUUUUGCCUCUUGCCCUGCUCCCGCUCUGUGUGCAUCCGUCCAUGCUGCCUCCAGUCCAUCACUGGAGCACGCGUGUGACUCAGUUGUGUAUUGGCUUGUCUCCUGGCACAGCCCCAUGGAGGGAGCAGAUGGACACUGCUUUACACCGGGACAGUCCUGCCUGCCAAAGCCUGGGGGAAUGAACAGCUUCACAGAGGGGAGCUGCUACCCAUCCCCCUAAGAGAGGGGGAAUUUCCAGAGUGCUGGGGUGGGGUGACUGAGUGAGGAAGGGAAGCUUGAAAGGGGGGAAAAGUCCAGUUCCCAACCCUCUGAGGAUCCCAUGUCUUACAACCCUGGCCAGUGAUGGUCAGCGUCAGGGACUGGGUGGGAGGCUGCGCUCCAUGUUCUAAGGUGACAUGCUGCCCAGAGACAACUUGCCUUUGCCCCAUAAGGGCCUCCUGCCACCAGGUUGGGUUUGUCUUUGGUUGCGAGGCCAGCUGGCAUGCAGGAUCUCUCUAGCGCUAGUGCCCUGCCCGCCGAAGGAGAGCUCUCAACCACGGUCACUCUCUCAACUGCCUAGAUCAAGCCUUCCACUCUGACCUGCUGUUGCGUCUUCCCUAUUUUCUAAACCACUUUCCCCAUCAUGUACUUCUGAUGAUUAAAUGAGAAAAGGCUUUUAACUCCACCCCUUGUUUUAUUUCUUACCGGACAUUGUCUGGCUUUAAUCAAGCCAGGCAAAACCCCGCCUAUGGUACUUCUCCGUAUCUGAGCACCUCACAAGCUUUACUAUGUUCAUCCCACACACAUUUCUUCCCCCCAGACUCCCCAAUGUCUAUUAACCCCAUGUUACAGAUGGAGAACUGAGACUCAGAGGCCCAGAGUAACCCAGGGUGUCCAUGGCUGUGCAGGGAACAGACCCUGUGUCUUCCGAAUCCAGGCUUGUGCCCUAACUGCUGGGCCAUCCUUCCUGUCUUCCCUCUAAUCAAAGGCACUUGAACAGAGGAAACUUCAGCUGCUUUUCUGCUCCAGAGCCAGGUGGUCAGAUCUUACUUAAGCCACCAACAGAGAUGCUGGCAGGAGAGACGUAUAAGCCAGUAUUUCUUAACCUAACGUUAAAUAAGCAGGCCAACUGUGAGAGGUGUCGGGUGUCAUUGGAGUACCUAGUACCUCCCAGAUACUUAGGGAUUUGUCCUCCACCACCCCUCUGAGGCACAGCAGUGUUGUUAUCCCCAUUGUACAGAUGGGGAACUGAGGCUGAACUGCCUUACCCAAGGUCAUGCAAGAAAUCUGUGGCAGAGCUGGGAACAGAGCCCAGGUCUUGCGUCCUGCUGCCCAGUUCCUCGUACCUGAAUAAUGUCUCCCAUCUUCUGCUUCAUAUGCACACUGCUUUUAGCUUGUGCCUAACCAGUUGAAGCUAUGGUACCUGUACAUUUCCUCUCGGGCUUACUGGGGCUCAGCGUGGGUAGUGCUGGCAUUUUAAGAGUUUAUUGCAGGAUCAUGGCACUUAACCAGACAGGCUCUCCUUUAACCCUGCCACUGGGGAUGCUAGUGCUUAAACAGAUCAUCUCAGACUUACUGCUGCUUUACUGGCUGACUAGCAAGAGUUCACGGUAGAUUCAUGGCAGAUAUCUAGCAAUUUGACAUUGAAAUGUUUCACUGGCAGGGAUGCUGGGGAUGGACGACGAGUAGGUUUGUGAUCAGGGUAAAAUGUUCAAAAGUGCUCAGGGGACUUAGGAACCUGGCUUGUUUUCAAAAGUUGCUCAGGUGCCUAAGUCCCAAUUACAAUAAGACUUCGAUUUCUAAGUCACUUUUGAAAAUGGGCCAUAGGCUGCCAAGUUACUUAGGCCCAGAUUUGGAGAAGUAUUUAGGCAUUGCCAUGCUCAGUGAAACCGAAUUGAUUUAGGAACCUACAUCUCAUUUUCAAAAGGGAUUUAGGUGCCAAAAUCCCAUUGAGAGUCAGUAGGAUUUAGGCUCUUAAAAUGAGCUUUAGGUUCCUAAAUCAGUUAGGUGUCGCAAUGCCAAGUGCAUCAACGCCUAAAGACUUUUACAAAUGUGGGACUUUGUCACUUCUGACAACUUUACCCCGUUUACGUGUGGGGUUUUCAAAGGCACUAGCUGGAAUUUCACUGGCGGUUUGGUGUCUGUGUCCCUUUGGCCGCUCUGAAGUUCCCAGCUGACAUUUGUCGAUCAGUUCUGGUGCACAGUAGCCUUAUGCACUGGUUAAGGAGAAAGCAGUAAGAUCCUAAUGUCACACUGUUGGGAUAGCUAAAGAAAGGCGAGACACCUUGAAAAAGCCAAAACCACAUUGAAAGUUGACGUUUUCCAGCUACUCUUGUCUGUUUUCUGCUGUACACAUUGUGAGUAGAACUCCACUGCCAGGCUGUUGGCUCCUAUAAAUACAAGCUUGUGUGUGACUCUCCUACUUGCUGUUCCACAGGAUUGUAAGGAAAGAUGUCGCUGCUCUUUUUACACGCUCAUUAAUGGUCCCAUUUUAUAGGUCGGGAAAGUGAGGCACAGAGAGGGAAAGUGACUUUGCCGAGGUCCCACAGUGAGUCAGUGGCAGAGGUGAGACUUGAACCCAAGAGUCCUGACCCCCUCGGGCAAGAGUCUGCACAACACAGGCUUCAGUAGCACUUUAUUAGGGAAAAGCUGGGUGCUGAAUUGGCGAAGGGGGUUCUUUGUGCCAAUCAUUCCUCUGGGUGCA